AUGGCUUUGUCGUCGUCUUCUUCUCUUCCUCCUCUUUCGAAGAGGUCAGAUCCAGCGGUGCCACGUGAAAUCCAGGUAAUUUUAGGUAAGGGCGUUUCAGCUACUCUCGCUAUACCCCACUCGUAUGGAUUAGAGAAUCCCUUUGAAAAUAAUUUUGCACCAGUAACUCAUAAGGCAGCGUUGAUUUUACAUGGACAAGGAGGUCAUAGAGACUAUGUUUACCAGAGGUUGCUAGCUCAUAGGUUAGCAAAGGAAUUGGGUGUAUUCAGCUUGCGGAUCGAUUUUAGAGGAUGCGGCGAUUCUAAAGAUAAUGAAGAUGAAUUAGAAGGUAGGACUUUAACUCAGGAUGUUGAAGAUAUUCAAGCGUCUGCGGAAUUCGUUAUGGAUGGGAAAUUGAAUGGCGUGGGAAUUGACUUGACUUUGAGUGCAGUCAUUUCUCAUUCAAGAGGCAGUGUUGCUAUGUUUUUAUGGGCUUUGAAGCAGGAUGCAAUGUUGAAAAAGGGAGACCCAAAAGCUAUAAUUGUACCUAAUUUGGUUAAUUGUGCAGCUAGAUAUACCUCAGUAACAGUUUUGGAAAGGUACCAUGCAUUUAAGGAUUAUGACUUUAUACCUGAUAUUUCGGCAUUUAGGCAUGGUAAAUAUCAAAAAGUCAACUUGGCAGCUAGAGAAAUCAUCACUUUAUCCAAACCCGAUUUCAGUACUUUGAAAUCCUUGUCUAGAGAUUGGUCUUGCUUGAGUAUCUAUGGACUACAAGAUGCGAUUAUCCCAAGAUACGAUAGUGCUGAGUUUGCCAAUGCUUUGAAUAGAGGCCCAUUGUCACAUACUUUGAAAUUGAUACCAGAUGCCGAUCACAAUUUCUUUGGCCACAAGAUGAUUCAACCUGAUGACGACUUGGAAGAUGUUAACCCUUUGAAUUUACCAUUGAAGAAAAAUAGAGUCAAUUAUAACUAUCUUGUAUGCGAUUACAUCAUCGACUUUCUUUCACCUGAGAAGGAAUUGGAUAGAUUCUUACACUCAAACAAUGAGAUUGGAAGUAUUUCAAGAUGGAAAAAUGUUGAAGGGGUUAGUAAUUUCAGAGAUAUAGGUGGAUGGAGAAUCCAUGAUCCUACAUUCAAGUUGGUUGAAAGGAGUAGCAGCAGCAGCAGCAGCAGCAGUAAAGACAAUCAUCACGUUUACUAUGUCAAACCACAUUUGGCUUUCAGGUGUGCCAAUAUUGCUGGCUUGACUGAGAAUGGUCUUGAGACUAUAAAAAAAAUGGGAAUAAAAGCUGUGUUUGAUUUACGAUCAGAUGGUGAAAUUGAAAAAGAUGGAUAUCCAAAGGAUUUGGAGAAACAUGGUAUUAGAAGAAUUCACGCACCAGUAUAUUCCAAUGAUGAUUACUCGCCGCAAGCUAUAGCGUUGAGAUACACCAAUCUCAUGACAUCUUGGUCAACUUAUGUUCAUGUUUAUGAAGACAUGUUGGAGUUUGGUUGUGAAUCUUUCAAAACUGUUUUCCGGUACAUUUUGAAGGAAAAUAAACCAUUUUUGUUCCAUUGCACAGCAGGUAAGGAUCGUACGGGUAUUUUGAGUAUGUUGUUUCUCUUGUUGGCCGGUGUUGACAAAGAUACCAUAGGUAAGGAGUAUGAGCUUACCACAAUUGGGUUAAAACCAGACCACCCUGUGCUCAAAGGUAAAUUCUUGGAAACAGUUACUAAAUUAAGAGAAAAAUUGGACAUAGAUGGGGCAAAUGAUAUAGAACAAAUGAUAUCCCAAGGAAGAUCAGAUUGGACUUUAGAAAAUGAUGGGUUUAACAAUUUAAUAAGUUCUAGAUAUGAGGCAAUGUUGGCCACGAUAGGUCACUUUAAUUCCACUUAUGGAAAUAUCGUCAAGUACAUGAAUGACAAGUUGGGAUUCACACAUGACGAAAUAAAGCAAAUCUACGAAAGUAUUGUUGUUUUAGACCCUGACAAUUGCGGAUUUGAAAUGAAUUCUAAUUUUGACUGGCAGCAUAGAAACAUUGGCAAGGCUAAAUUUUGA